CGCGUCGACUCGGACGACCUCCGACGCGCGCGCGUCGAGCGACGGGCGCGCGCGAGGCGCUCUCGGCGACGCUCGGGGCGCGCGCGCGCGUCGAGUCGAUGCGCGUCGUCGGCGCCGUUUCGUGUGCCCCAACGACCUCGAAUCAGGACGACGACGACGACGACGCACGCGCGGUGGCGUCGCUGCGCGCGCGCUUGCACGCCCCGCGACACGGCGAGACGUUGCGCGCGAAGUGUGUGCGUCUGCGCGACGCGGUUCGAUCGCGGACGUGCUCGAGCUCGGAGAUAAAGGGGAGACUCGCUCGCCGCGCCGAGACGAGCGCGCUGGCGGCGCUCGAGCGAUGGGCGACGACGGCGCGAGCGAUCGAGGUUGAUCUCGAACGAAUCGUGCGAGGUGAUGUCGAUAAAAAAUCGUUGAGCGCGAUGGGAGAGGAAGUGACGCGAGCGUUACGAGAUUUUGAGUGGUAUUUGCGAGAACAUGACGUGAUGGAAGAUUUGCCAUUCGUCGUCGACGACGACUGCGAGACGCGCUCGAGCGAUGAAACGACGAUCGAUUUGAUGCGUAAGGUGCUCGAAAAAGACGUUAAAGACGAUGAUGCAUCGAUACUGGACACGAUGUGCGAUGAAUUACGCGCGCGCGAGAGUGAUUACGCGUGGCGAGGGGCGUUGUUAGGGGAGGUGGAAAACCAAGCUCGCGCGCGCGGAUGGAGUUCGGAGAAUUUCUCUUACGGAUCGACGCCGUUCGCGUCGUGGGUCGCGGUAUUCGUGCAAUGCGAUGAAUUGCGCGAACGCGCGAAAACGCUAGAGGAAGAUGACUUAAAGUACGUCGUUUUCGGAAGCUCUGCUGGGUGGUUGGUGUUCUAUGCCGCGACGACGUUUCGCGGCGCGCGAUGCGAAGGAUUUGAAAUUCUCGAGACUCUCCACGCAACUGCUUCGCACGUGUUGGAGGGCGCCGAAAAAAAAGCAUGCAAAAAGUUCAAUGUGAAUUUUUGCAACGCUGACAUGCUUUCGUCAUCGCUGUGCGACGUCGGUAUCAUCGUUCUCACCUCCAUGUGUUGGGACGACGCCGUGUACGACGCCGUGCUCGAAAAACUCGCCGAAGAGCUCCGAGCGGGUGCGUUUGUGAUCGAUUACCGGGGAAAUCUCGCGCAAAAAGACAAGUUUGCGCUCGUCUCAAAAGAUUCCUUGCGCGCGCCGGUGAGUUGGAAUCCAGGUCAGCGAUUUUAUGUCUUCAAAAAGGUGGCGUAA